AGAUCAACUCUCGUCUCGCGAGAGGACACUGCGCCCAAAAAAAAAUAAUGGACGUCGGUGGGAGCAGUGGUGGGCUUCCUGUAAACAAUAAACAGAGAGCUAUGAUACCGAACAAAAGCAGGGGCGAAUUUACCCGCAACCCAAGAAAAGAUUCAGAGGGGCUGUCUGAGUCUCCAGACUUUGAGUUUGAAUAUGCUGAUACGGACAAGUGGGCUGCAGAGCUGUCAGAGCUAUACAGUUAUACCGAAGGACCAGAGUUUGCUCUCAACAGGAAGUGCUUUGAGGUGGAAUUCAAAACACAUGUUUCUGAGAAGAAGUGGACAGAGCUUGAUGCAGCUCAGCACAGAGCUCAUGCCAUGCGCCUGUUAGACAGCCUGGAGGUGAUUGCUCGGGAGAAGAGGCUGAAGGUUGCCAGAGCUAUUCUUUACCUGGCUCAGGGAACCUUUGCUGAGUGCAGCUCGGAGGCUGAGGUGCAGCACUGGAUGAGAUACAACAUCUUUCUGCUGCUGGAUGUGGGGACCUUCUCUGCUCUGGUUGAACUGCUCAACAUGGAGAUUGAUAACAGUGCUGCCUGUAGUAGCGCCGUCAGGAAACCAGCCAUCUCCCUUGCUGACAGCACAGAUCUCAGAGUGCUGCUCAACAUAAUGUACCUGAUGGUGGAAACGAUACAACAGGAUGACCCAGCCGACAAGCCUGAAUGGAAAGUCAUCAGGGAAACCUUCAGAGCAGAACUGGGAUCUCCUCUGUUCAACAACGAGCCCAUUUCUGUCAUGCUCUUUGGUAUGGUUACCAAGUUCUGCAGCGGCCAUGCCCCUCACUUCCCAAUGAAGAAGGUGUUGUUGCUGUUGUGGAAGAGUAUACUGUUCACACUCGGAGGGUUUGAGCAGCUCCAAAGCAUAAAGGUUUGUAAGCGGGAGGAGCUGAGUCUCCCCCCUCUCCCCGAGGACAGCAUUCGAGUCAUUCGCAGCAUGAGGGCCGCUUCUCCUCCUGCGUCUGCAUCCGACCUCAUAGAGCAGCAGCAGAAACGAGCGCGCCGUGAACACAAGGCAUUGAUCAAACAAGACAACCUUGACGCAUUCAACGAAAAGGAUCCUUACAAGGCCGAUGACUCUCGUGAGGAUGAGGACGACAACGAUGACAACGACAACUCUAUCGAGCCAGAGACUUUCCCUCUAGAGCGGGACGAGGUGAUGCCCCCGCCUAUUCCUCACCCUCCGUCAGAGAGGGUGUCCUUCCCCAAAGGACUGCCGUGGGCUCCUAAAGUCAGGGAAAAGGACAUUGAAAAUUUCCUGGAAUCUAGUAGAAGUAAAUUUAUUGGUUACACACUUGGAAAUGAUACAGAUACAGUUGUUGGCUUGCCCAGGCCAAUUCACGAGAGCAUAAGGACGUUAAAGCAGCACAAGUACGUCUCCAUAGCUGAGAUACAGAUAUCAAAGGAGGAGGAGUUUCAGAAAACACCUCUGUCCGGGGGUGAGGAGGAGGUGGAGAUGUCCUCCACUGAGCUGCUCUAUCAGGGAAUUCUGCCCAUUUUGCCUCAGUACAUGAUUGCUCUGCUGAAGAUCCUGCUCGCAGCAGCUCCGACCUCCAAAGCCAAGACGGACUCCAUCAACAUCUUGGCAGACGUGCUGCCGGAGGAGAUGCCGACCACAGUGCUGCAAAGUAUGAAGCUUGGUGUUGAUGUCAAUCGACACAAGGAGAUUAUUGUGAAGGCCAUCUCUGCCAUCCUGCUGCUGCUUCUGAAACACUUCAAACUUAACCACAUCUACCAGUUUGAGUACAUGGCUCAGCACCUGGUGUUUGCCAACUGCAUCCCCCUCAUUCUGAAGUUCUUCAACCAGAAUAUCAUGUCCUACAUCACAGCUAAAAACAGCAUUUCAGUACUUGACUUUCCUUAUUGUGUGGUGCAUGAGCUCCCGGAGUUAACUGCAGAGAGUUUGGAAGCAGGAGACAACAAUCAGUUUUGCUGGAGAAAUCUCUUUUCCUGUAUCAACCUGCUGAGGAUCCUCAACAAACUGACCAAGUGGAAGCACUCCAGAACAAUGAUGCUGGUGGUGUUUAAGUCUGCACCCAUCCUGAAGAGGGCGCUGAAGGUCAAGCAGGCCAUGAUGCAGCUGUACGUCCUCAAGCUGCUCAAAGUGCAGACCAAAUACCUGGGACGCCAGUGGAGGAAGAGCAACAUGAAGACCAUGUCUGCCAUCUACCAGAAGGUUCGACAUCGGCUCAAUGAUGACUGGGCCUACGGAAACGAUCUGGAUGCUCGUCCCUGGGACUUCCAGGCAGAGGAGUGUGCGCUGCGGGCCAACAUCGAACGCUUCAACAGUCGCCGCUACGACAAGAGCCACAGCAACCCGGACUUCCUGCCUGUGGACAACUGUCUGCAAAGUGUUCUGGGACAGCGGGUGGACCUGCCGGAGGACUUCCAAAUGAACUAUGACCUUUGGCUGGAGCGGGAGGUCUUCUCCAAACCUAUUUCCUGGGAAGAACUGCUACAGUGAGAAUCAACAACUCUCAACGUCCUCCAGACUUUUAUAAGAUAAUAGAAGUUUAAUUCAGGAGUUUAGACAAACCACCAACAGUGCUCUCUCCGAUCGACCACAGAUCACAGCAUUAUGUUACAUGUCCUGUACGGACCGAAGGUGACGGAUGGAUUUCAUUCUCAGAAGUCACCCGGGUGUAGACUUUCAAUCAUCACGUUUUACAGUUUGAUCGGGGCUCCAACCAAAUGUUUUACGUGAUGAACUAUUGAGACCUUUCCCACACUAAUAGCACCUGCAGUUUUUUAAUGAAAUACCUAAAAAAAAAAUAAGUCCAGUGCUAAAUCUUAAACCCAACCCCUCCUCUACACAUACAGGUAUUUGCUUUGUGUGCCUCUUACCUGCCACUGAAGGUCAGAAAGUUUGACCUUGAAGCACUACAUGAUGUUCACUUGUAAUUUUAAAGAAAUGUAUGUGGAAUAAAUUUAUGUAUUAACUGUUGAGACUCAAAAUGAGGUGUGUGCGCCUUGUUGGGGCAGGGCCGGGCACAUUUAAGAUGUUGAUAAAUAUGAUAUUAUCUCAUGAGUUUAUCUUCAUCAGAGAGAUGAGAGGAGUGGGUGUUAGGGCUUUUUAGUCAUGAUUUCUUUAUGUACAAAAUAAAAACACGUAUUACUCUUUUAAUAGUUAUUACCUGAAGGGGACAAACUUCUGUUUACCCCACUUAUCUUUUUGUUUUUCCGCUGCAUUUGCAAAUGAUUUGACUUUUGUUUGCAUUAUUCAGAGUGUCUCACCUGAGUGCUGCCUUUGCUCUGGGACCAUGGAGGCAAACAUUCAGACCUAACCUGACCACCAGGCUGAAUGGACAAUACAGCCUUUAUAAUUUUUUUUACCUAAAGAAACUCAUUAGUAUCUUUAAAUUGCUUUGUUAUUUGGAAAAAAAUUGGUGGCAUGUGUUCACAUAAUUUAGGUUUGUGUGAAAGGAAAGAGAAACAUUUAAGUUUCUGGUUUGGCGUCACCCAUCAGACUGCUGUUUUGAACUCAAGGGGAUAACUCCAUUUGAUUGCCAGUAACAGAACCAUUUUCCUUCUCGUCUUUUUCUACUUACAUUUUUUGUUGUGGUUUUAUUAUAAAGGUUGCAGAAAUGAGAAUACAUGUAAAUUGUGAAACUUAUUUAUCAUGGUUCUGUAUUUGUUUUAUGUUGACUCAAGAUACUGUAAUAAAAUUAUACUGUCAUU